AUGGACUCGCUCAACAACGUGGCCCUGCGCCCAUGGCCAGCCCCAAAGAAGGAGGAGCUGACGCAGGACGAUUUGCUGUUCAAGAUCGAGCAGCUGGCCAGUGAACGGGGGCAUUUGCGCAACAUCACGGAACAGUCGCUCCAAGAAGACAUCGAUGCGGGCAAACAUGUACCAGCCGACGCUGAGGAAGGAGCAAAGGACGAGAAGAAGGACAAGGAAGUGCCGUCCCGACAGGAACAGCUGGAGAAGGUCUUCAAGGCAGGACAGGAAAUGUACAGCCAUCUGGAAUGGGCCAAGUUCGCUGCUACCAACGCGCUCGAUCUCGUCUCGCUUGUACUCUCCCAAGACCCCAACAAGCGCAGCCUGAACUUUUUCAGCCCUACUUUUCGUGACCAAGGCCUGAACCAGGGCAUACCACUCGGCUCCUUCGGCAUCAGCAAGGAGAACCAUGAACACCGUACUCGUAAAGUGGAAGAACAGCACCGUCUCCAAGACCUGGCAUCCAAGCAAGAGGCAGCGGCUCAAGGCGCACGCAUGGGAGCACUGGAUUCGUCGGUAGACGAGAUACUAAAGGCCGCAAAACACCUCGAGAAAGAGAUACGCCGCGAGACAAAAUACUGGCAUGAGAUUGUGUCCGUCUCUGACAAAGGGUGGCCCAUUCAGCGACUACGCCAGAACGUGCGCCAUGCGCCUUUUGCUGUGCGAUAUGGACUUCCCGAAGCUAGCGACCAUUUCAAGGCCCGUGGAUUCGCACCUCUCCAGAUGGACAAAGAUGGAAGUAUCAUACUAGAUCCAGCUCUUGCGUUGAAGCCUAAAACAUUUCGCGUGCGAGUCAGCAUCGACGGCAAGAUUACAGGUACAUCACAAAUCUCUGUCGACGGCGAUUUUGCAACCCGGUCUCUCGAGAAGUCAAUUCAACUUGCGCGUGACUCCUUACUCGAGGAAGAGCUGUAUUAUGAAAUGAGCUUGGAGACGAGGCAGCUCUUGGCGUAUGGUGUCGCAUUUCGGGAUUCAGUCAUCCACAUAGAUGCGCCCCAAAUGGGUAGUGCAUUCCAGGAUCGAAAGUUGCUCAUUGAUUGCAUACCUCGAGACGAUCCUAUACCGAGUAACGAAGGUCAUGAGCACGACUGGCUCGCUCGCAAUAUCGCUGAAGCGCUUCGCUUGCUCCUCGUUCAUGAGCACAGCAUGCGUCUACAUCGGAGAUCGCAGCUUCCACCUCCAUUGACCGGCCAGGCACGGGAGAAGCUACCACCGCCUCUACUGCGUACGCUUCUCGCGAUACUUAACCACAUCGCUGGCGUUGACUCACUCUAUGCUUACCUCGAUUUGGUCGCAAAGACUCUGAAGGGUGCAGGCCUUGAUGCGACACUAGAGACCACGCGUGAGACAUCCUGGGCGAACCUCGUAGAGAGCCUAAAAACGAUGUCAAGAAAGGGUCUGUCUGCAACCGACCAGCUGCUCGAAAUUUUCAUGAAGCCUUUCGAUGGGAAAGCUACAUUGACCCUCCCCACGUCCAACAGUGCACAGCCGGAAAAUCUCAUCGUUGUCACACGCACGAUCAUCGGUCAACCGACUUUUGGCACAGAGCACAAGCUUACACUUCCAUCCACUUUGACUUCCGAUAUCGGAUUGUUCCAGCAACACAAGUUUGAUAGUGUUACAGAGUUGAAGUCAUAUCUCGACUGGAUUCUCUCCCUGCAUAUUGCGCAUAGACUUCUGAAGGGUGACUAUGCUUCACGCGCGCAAACGAGAACCCAGGAUCCACGGCUCUCAAUUCGAACCAAGGACAGUAAGAAAAGCACGAAGUCCACCAAGGAUAUCAAAGUCGAUUUCAAUGAUGGGGAAUUGAAGGUUACUGCUCUGGCUGUCGAUACCAUAGCAGAAUCGGGAGACAGUGAGCAAUCGCAUAAUCUUGUUGCGUCCAUGAUGUUGUCCCUUCUUGUAUGGACAUUGAGCACAUUGCUUCCUGCGCUAUCCGGUGCACAGCGCAUUCGCUCUGAUCCCGGUGUCGCUGGCCCAGCUCUUGAGAUUGUGCAUCUGUACAACGACCAAUGGCCUACCGGAAUCACCGUAUCGAAAGGCGGCCGCAAGUUCUCGAACUAUCCGGCAGGCCUAGAUGCUAAUAACACAAAUACGGGUACCAAUAACAAGUAUGCCGUGGCAGAGCUCACGACCAACGGCACCGAGACACCCUAUCCUAGCGUGGAGAUUAACAACCCACCAAUUGGAGCUAUCAAUUACACAACGACUCCGCCGACUGGUGCAAACUACCAGAAUUACCUCAUCGGCGUACAGAGUGUAGUCUUGGAUCCCCAAGAUCGCCUAUGGAUCUUAGAUACGGGACGCGCAUUGACUGAAGAUGGUACAUUAGUCAAUGCGUCUCCUGGUGGUCCCAAGCUUGUCGGUGUAGACAUUGAGUCUGACACAGUGAUUCAGACUAUAGUCUUCCCACCCACGGUAGCAUUCCCAGACUCGUACCUAAACGAUGUCCGCUUCGACUUGCGACCUUCCGUCUCUGCUUCUGGCAAAGGAGUAGCCUACAUCACCGACUCAUCGUCUGAGGGCCGCAAUGGAAUCAUUAUCGUAGAUCUAGGCACAGGCGAGAGCUGGCGCCACCUCGAUGGUACAAAGGAGACGAGGGCUGAGAGGGGGUUUGUUCCAUAUGUCUGGGGUCAACCAGCUUACUACAUUCCCGGUCCUGGUCAACCGCUUACCACUGUACCGUUGGGUAGCGAUGGUAUCGCCUUAUCAGCUGAUGGACAAUACUUGUACUUUGGCCCCGUUGGUGGACGCACAUUGUACAGUAUCCCUACUGAGCGCCUACGGGACCGCAGUCAAGCUUCCGAGCUCUUGGCGCUGGGUGCGGUGAAUAACAAGGGAGAAAGGGGUGUUAGUGAUGGAUUUGAGACGGACACCAAUGGCUUCAUCUACGCGGGUAAUAUGGAGCAAAAUGAAAUCGGGUUUCACAACCCGAUGAACGCGUCUAUGACGCUGUUUGUGAGGGACCCAAGGAUUAGUUGGGUGGAUACCAUGUCUGUCGGAAGCGAUGGUUACCUUUACUUUACCGACAAUCAACUUGCCUUCAGCUCGGCCUUUUACCCUGGCACGGAUCGGAGGGAACGACCAUUUGUGCUCUUCAGGGCGCCUUUGCCUAAUAACGGUUCGAGGGUUUUCUUGCAGUAA